AUGUGGCUCCAAUACAGAUCCAGCAUGCAUCAUUUGCCCAUAAGAUGGUAUAACUGUCUCAAUGCUUCUUGCUCAGAUGUUCAGCCCUUGUCCAAUAGGUUGUACCCAGCAAGUCAGAAGAAGCCUCAUACAGUAUUCACCUUUUCUUUUCUUGAUGACUUUUUAAUCAAUAACAAAGAAUGUAAAACUUCUGCAAUGACUUUCUAUUCCAAGAUAUGGUGGAUGACAAACAUUGCGUUCCCUCACAAGGUCCCAAAUAGAUAUCAGGAGUUCAUGAGGGUGUCCCAGCAGUGGAGACAUUUGGAAUAUAUGCAUUUGGAUGGAUUUGCACACCAACCCAGCUGUCACCCUUCCCUGGGGUCUCUAGCAUUGUUUUGCCCAGCUUGCCCUCAGCCGGAUAUCAAUGUCUCGCUUGAUUGGAAGCAGAAUCCCCUCAGGCAGUAUCACUUGAGGACUUUUUUCAUGGACGGAAACUUUAAUGCAGAGCACAUGAAGUCAAAGAACCCCCAUGAUGAUGUCCCAUUGGCCAAUGACACAGCAUUCUUGACAGCAAACCAACCAUACAUGGAGCACCUCAAAAUUGCCAAAGAAAAUAAAGUGGGGUCUACUUGUAAUAACCACAGAGCUAUUGACUCAGUCAUAGUCCUCUACGAUAUAAUGUGCCAAUAUGGUAGAUACUUUUUGAAAAGGGUCCUUGAAAGUCCCUAUCUUCAGGUCCCCAGUGGUAUAUCCUUGUACAAGGGCAUUAAAUUAUUUCAUGUGCAUGGACAUCAAGACAUCUGCUUCCCAAGAUAUGCGCCUAACUUUAUCCCCGGGACUGGGCAGGUUAAUGAAAUAUUAGAUGAUCACAUGAGUGAUUCCAAUUGGAAGAAGCUUAUAUGA